AGAAGAGGCAGAGGCUGACUAUGAAGAUGUACUGAGACUGGAACCCAGCAAUAAGCAGGCUCAAUAGGAAUUGAAAAACAUAGAGAAGAUUCUUUGUUCCACCAGGCAAGACACUCGAUGUCAUAGAUGCUUAGAUGCACUUGACUACUCGGAUACAACUGGAUCAGGAGAAUGCAUAAAGUGUGACAGUUAUUCGAAUUGUGUGCAUGGUAAUGCGAAAAAGAUCCAAAAUAAACACUUGGAGAUUUGGAUUCCUGUAGUGGCCAUAGUGGUUAUGGUAGUUCCUUUAAUUGUAACUUACAAGUGUUACACGAGAAAGCGAGAAAUAACCAGAACAGCUACUGAUGUCAAUCACAAGACUUCUGAUAACUCACAUGAAAAUUGUUUUUUGCUCGAGCCACAAGGGUUGGAUCGUUAUGUAAGGGACCUUCGCACUCGUGAAAGGAAAAACGUUCUUCGGGAGCUCGGAGGCAAAGACAAUUGUGGUUUGGAUCGUUAUCUAAAGGACCUUAAAACCCAGGAAAGAAAAACCGUUAUGCAGGAGCUUGGGGGCAAAGAUGGUUGUGGAUACUUUAUGUGGCAUGCUGUUGUGGAGAAACUUGAUGAUCCUGAUUUGGAGCUUGAAUCCAGAGGAUGGGAAGCAUCAGACAAUAACGUGAAUGUUGACAAAUUUCUCACAGCAUAUGGCGAAAAAGAGGGAAUUAAGCACGAUCAGGAGAUUGGUGAAAGCCAUUAGAGAAGCUGGGCUGCAGGUUCCUGCCAAUAACUUGGAACAACACUUCAGUACAACUCAAGAUCCCCAAAGUGAGGGGAGUUGUACAACUGCAUCAGUUCGUGGAACUAUCAAUGAUAGAGAGCCCAUGUUAGCAACAUGGCUAUGACAAUGCUGCGGAUAUCAAUGAUGAUGUAACCUCGGCGUAAAAACUCGCGAUUUUUUGGUGAAAUAUUUAGGCAG